CCGCUGACUCGCCUCGUCUCUGCUUUUCGGAAUAAAUACGACGAUGGUAGGCCUAUGCGUGGCUAUAACAAAGAACACGAAGAAAAUAAAUUAAAGGUUUUGUUUACGCCGCGAUGGAAUGAGAAUUUCCGUCAGUUUUGGAUUCCCGCCAUGAUCACGAACGGCCUUCUGCCUCGAGAUAUUUCGGCGAAAGUUGGACUGAAUUUCACCUUUGAACCUGAGAAGCUGUAUGAUCCCUGGGUGUAUCUUAAGAUAUUCAAGCUAAAACGACCCGUCAUUACCUUCGUCCAGUUCUUGCGUCACGUGAUCGCCACGCACAAGAGCCAAUCGCCUGACAAUCACUGGAAGACCUCUGCUAAUACAUGUUCUCCGUGUACCUUCCCGUAUGAAUACAUCGUUAAGACGGAAACGUUUAAUGAAGAUAUCAGUUACGUCUUUGGCGCGCUGAGGCUCCCUUCCAAGCCGAGACUUGCCCAAAAUCAGAUGAGAUCCGGCAGAUAUAAGGAUAAUAAAGAUCUCAGAUACUACAAAAAAAUAUCCCAGGAUAUCAGAAGGCAAAUCUACGAUAUUUUCAAAAUUGACUUCGAAAUGUUCGGCUACAAAUUGCCGCCGGGUUUUCUCAAGGGACCCUCUGUGUAAAAUAUUCAAAUGGCUAACUUCAAACUUUUAAGCUAGCCAUUAAUACUUUUAAAAUAGGGUAUCACCUGAAAAGAGCAUGGAAGGCGUGUUAUAAUUGCAUAGUUAUUUACCACUGUCAGGUUUGUAGACAUGCGACAUGCAGUAUAUACGUAAAAGUGUAAUUAUGUAAAAUUUGUAAAUAUAUUUAGGCUGUGAAUAACGCAGGUUUGUGCCAGAUACUGAUACUGAUAAUAAUAAUGAUGAUAACUGAUACUGAACACUGAUACUGAAGGAAAAGGAGGAGGGUAAAAGAGGGAUAUAGGAAGGAAGAAAAAC